AUGACCGAGAUGGACAAGUCCAUAGACGGCAUCGCCAGGGACAUGUCUGAACUGAACCUCCUCUCCUUCCGGAAGUUGGACGAUGUGAAGAGGUUGGCGAAACACUUCCGGUACGUCAUCAACCACCCUUCGACGCAAGAGUGUGCCGUGGUGCACCGCUACCUCAGCAACCUGGACCAGUUGCACAAGAGCGUGUUCCUCAGCAAACGCGACGGCGUGGAGGUGGAGUACAUAUUCACCACGGAGAAGAAGAGCAGCCUCCAGAGGCAGCGAUUCAACAGUCUUCCAGUGAGCGAAGUGCCUGAACUGCUUAAAGCGGAAUUCCUAACUGUCGAUAACGCAAAACAGGUGCACAUAUGCACCGAGUGCGACGUAGAAAUAGAGCUGUGCGACGACACCCCACUAGUGGAGUGCCUGCAGAAACAUUUUAGUUCGGACGCGCAUUUACCCAAGCUCAAGCGCGAGAGCAUAGACGUGGCGGAGCCGAUAGCGCUGCCGAAAAUGUCGCGGCGGCUGUCGGCGCUGGAGAGCGGCGACAACCACAACGCCGAGCAGAUCAUCCAGCUCCUGAAGCCAGUGGAGAGGCUGGACCGGACCUUCACGGCCGUCCUCGAGGCGGCCUUCGUCCGUCUACUCGCCGACAAGUCCGAAGCGAGCAUCGACGCCGCCAUGCGCUUCUACCAGGAAGCCUUCGACAAGCUGUGCAAGGAGACCAACACUAUCGACUUCUCCACGCAGACCGGCUCCGUCGCGCCGAUCAUAAUGAGCAUAAGGGACAACGUCAACCAGAACUUCGCCGCGGACGCGAACAGGAACUUCGAGAGCGAGGACACCGAGCAGGUGCCCGAGAGGCCGGCGAAGAACGCCGUCAAGAAGUACCGCUACUACGGCCCGAUCGAGAGCAUAACGAUCAAGCUGCUGCUAAACCACAAGCUGCUGACCCUGGUCGACGACAGGACCGGCAAGCUGGCGUUCUUCUGCGCGGCGUGCGAGUACUACACGCUCAGGUUCAGGUACGACAGCGUGCUGGGACACGUGUUCAGCGACACGCACGUGCACAACCUCGCGUGCAUCAUGCAGGCGGACAGGAGCAUACCGUUCUCCGCCGCCCCCACCAUGGAGAGGGUGAGGGAGCUGAAUGUAGAGUUCCUGCGCAGCCACUACGUCAACGAAGAGGCGGACGGCGCGUACUGCGCCCUCUGCAAGCUCUCGUUCGAGCGCGAGUCGAUAGUAGCGCACGUCCUCGACGAGGGCCAUCUGGGCAGGCUCUCCGACAAGCUGUACCGCAAGAUGAGGGCGAGCAACCCGGACGGCUCGGUGCCCGAGGAGUGGGGCCCGAAGUCGCUCGACUGGACCAAGUUCCUCGCCAGCGUCGGCAAGCCGCUCAGCGGGCGCGACCACGUGGUCGUGGAGAACUUCAUCCGCCCCUCCGGCAAGGUCGCCAACUACUGCUCCUGCUGCGACAUGACCCUCAAGGGCCCCAGGCAGGUGCUGUUCAACCACAUACGCCAGAAGAAGCACCUGCGCAACGCGGCGCCGCACAAGCUGAGCACCCUGUACCGGAACCACUGCCGCCCGUCGGAGUACUACGCCAGCUUCGGCAACUACUACCUGUGUGCCGUCUGCCCUGAGUACGUAGCGGUGCCGUCGUUCGCCGCGAUAGUCGAGCACUUCGAGAGCGCCGGCCACGUGGAGGCCAUAGCGAAACUAGUGCGGUCGGCGCUCGGCGGGGAGGUGGACGAGGGUCUUCUGUCGGCCAACGGCAUCAGGGUGGCGGACUGGACCUGCGAGCGCUGCUCGGUCCCGCUGGCGGACGCCAAGGAGGCGGUCCACCACGUGCUCUCCAGCGUGCAGCACCAGAGCGCCGCGGCGGAGGCCAGAGCCAGGGCGAACCGGGGCGACAUAAUCGCCGUGUACAUGCGCGGCAACUACGUCCUGCACAGCGACGGCGCGACGUUCCACUGCGCGCCCUGCGACUCCACCUUCAGCUCGAUCCGCUCGCUGCUCAUGCAUCUAGUCUACGCCGAGCACUUCGACGAGCGGCCGGCCGCCGAGGGCGUGUUCCGCUUCUACCUCGAGCUGAAGCACAACGUGGCGAUGCUGGCGCGGAACCGGUACGCGUACAGCGAGUUCGGCACGCUGCGGUGCGGCGUGUGCGACGCGCAGCUGGCGGAGGGCGAGAACGCGAAGAGGCACGUGAUGUCGCCGCGCCACAAGGAGAGCAUGGGCGCGGGGUACGCCAGCCUGGGCCUGGACGCGGCCAAUAUGGAG